AUUCAAUAAUAAUAUUAUUUUCAAUUACCAAAAGUACAUUUUAUUGUGGCGUUCAAGUGAUUUUAAUGGACUAUUAAACAACUCAAUAAUUGUAUAGGCGUGGUUGUACAAUUAAUAACUAAUGCUUGUUGAACGACGGUCGUUAUAUGGUCGUAUAUAGUCUAUUAUAGUCGAAUGUAUACUCGGCAGAAAUGUACUUAUAGCGAUCUUACAAAGUAAACUGAGCCAGUGUAAUGGCAGAGUGUCCAAUAGCUCAGAUCAACGAAGACGAUGAAGACACCCAAGAUCGAGUCAGAAUUGAACUGCAAGGGUACCUGAAUAAGUGGACCAAUUUUUUACACGGCUGGCAAAAGCGCUAUUUCGUACUGAAGAACGGCACCUUAUUGUACUUCAAAUCACAAUCGGAAACAGAGUGCGGAUGCCGGGGUGCAAUAAGUCUUCUGAAAGCAACUGUCAAGGUGCACGAAGUAGACGAUUGCCGUUUUGAUGUGUCGCUAAACGAUUGUGCUUGGUAUUUGCGAGCUGACUCGUCAGCAACUAAAAAUCAUUGGAUAGAUGUCAUAGAUUCGCUUAAAGCUGAAUCUGGGUACGGCAGUGAAAAUAAUCUGAAGCGCAAUGGCAGUUCACUUUCUAUAUUAUCCAGUAAUAUGUCAACUAUGUCACCGGUGUUUAAGAAAAAUAAAGGCUUACAAGAUAAACUCAAUGAACUUGUAGCAUUUAGGGGUAUUUUAAUCAACCAAAUUGACCGACUUCAAAUGUAUUUUGAUACAUGUUUAGCAGAAUUUGCCUCUUCGAACGAAGGUGUAUCAAAAAAUGAAUCCUAUCAAAAAUAUACAUGCGAAGCUUUAGAUUUCAAAGGUGAAGCAGUAGCAUUUAAAGCAACAUCGUCUGGAAUCUUAGAAAUUUUAAAACAUUGUAUUGAAGUUAUGAAUCAAAGAGAGACAGCGUGGGAAUCUAUGUUGGAGAAAGAAAUAAAUAACCGGAAAGAUUUAGAAGAAGUAGUACGGACAUUAUCUUUAGUUGAUGGGCUCACAGAUCAGGAGAGAGCCCAAGUACUUGCUGGAGCUGAUUUAACUGAACAUUCUACUUUGGCUGAAGAUGAAUUUUAUGACGCUGUUGAAUCAUCCAAUGAUAAUUCUGCUGAGGAUGCUAAACAAAGAAAAGAUCAGUUACUACAAUGUACUAAAAAUAAUGUUCAAACACCUCAGACUAAUUGGGGUGAGCUGAUAAGAGCUGCUGCCACAAAUGCUUCUUUGAAACAUACAUAUUGGCCAGAAAUUGAGCGAGUAGUUGCCGAGCAAAUUAGAUCAGCUCGUAUGGGUCUUGGUAAAGGAGCUUGGCAGUUGUUUGUCGAAGAUGGGGAAAUGAAGAUGUACCGAAGAGAAGUCGAAGAAGAUGGAUUAGUUGUUGAUCCUCUGAAAGCUACUCAUCAAGUGAAAGGAAUAACAGGUCGAGAAUUGUGUCAUUACUUUUUUUAUCCUGAAUACAGAUAUGAUUGGGAAGGUACAUUAGAAACAAUGAAUGUCGUUGAUAAAAUUGCCGAAGACACUAUAUUAUUCCAUCAGAUACAUAAACGCAUUUGGCCAGCAGCACAACGUGAUGCUACGUUUUGGUCACAUCUUACACAUGUUCCUGAUGAAGAGAAUAAGUCUGAAGACAGCCCUCACAUGUGGGCUACCGUCAAUAGUUCAGUAGAAUUACCAUCACAUCCUCCUAAUGGAGGUAAACAAGUUCGUAUUUAUCUGACUAUUAUUCUCAUGGGUCAAACAAUCAUAUCCCCCGCAGCGAAGGGUCGUGAGAUAAAACGAGAUGAUAUUACAUGUAAAAUUACCUAUUGUGCUGUUGUAAAUCCAGGCGGCUGGGCACCAUCUUCUGUUCUCAGGGCUGUGUAUAAACGAGAAUAUCCAAAAUUUUUAAAACGUUUCACUGCUUAUGUGUUAGAAAAAACUAAAAACUUGCCGAUAAAACUUUGAACGAUCAUAUCAUUGAACUAUUUUGUUCUGCAAAUUGGUUAAAUUCUUUCUUUCUUUAUUUAUUGUUUUAUUGCUAGUAAUUUUUCCAUUCUUGCCUUCACUGUGUUGUGUGAUAUAUUUGUAUACAUAUUAUUGAUAUGCUGUAUAUUAUAAUAUGUUAAAGAUGAACCCGGGUUUCAUAAUAAACUAUUAUUAAAGUAAUGAAUUGUUGUAAGCAUAUUAUGUUGUGGCUUCCAAAUUGUACCAAAAACCAUAUAAAUUGUUUAGUUUAUUUGAUUUUUUUAAGUUUUGAAUAUACAAUUUUAAUUGUAAUCUGUUUUUUAAAUAUGUAUUUACUACCUACUCAGUGUAAUAUUAAUAUACAUUUUUUUUUUAUAAUAUAUACAAUAUAUAGGUUUAUUUAAACAUAACGUCUUUGUAAACUGCUAUUAACAGCUAUUCAUGGUGUUUGUUACCAUAGAAAUGCUUGAACAUGGCAAUAAUGCCAAUGGAUUAGAUAUAGGACUGAUUAUUGUUUUCUAGCUUAUUUAAAUACAUUUUUUGUUGUACAUUUUUAUAUUUAUAUUGCCUAAAAAUGUGAAUGAUUUGCAUAACUACUUUUUUGACUUGUGUGCCUACAUGAUAACUGAAGAUUUCUUAGUAUGUAAAAUGUAUUUUCAUCUUUGAUAUAUAUAUAAAAAAAAAAUUUGGAUCACUUAGUAUGAAAAAUAACAUUAUUUUUGUCAGUCUGAUACAGGUGGUACCUACCAGUAGGUCCUACCUACGUUUUAAAGAAUAAAUUCACACGAUGCGUUAUCCAAAACA